UAUUGUUCUAUAUUCCUGGCAGGAAGGAGUCAACAAUUAUUGAGGAGAUUGCCAGAAAAUUAAUUGGUGACUUGCAUUAUUCAUACUCAGGUGUUCAUGAGGAUCUUGUUGGAAUACAAUCUCGUGUGGAGGAAAUGGAGAAUUUAUAUUUAAGCAUGGGGUUGAAUGAUGUUCUCUUUAUAGGGAUUUGGGGAAUGGGUGGAAUCGGUAAAACAACUAUUGCACAAGUUCUAUAUGAUAGAAUCCGUUAUCAUUUUGCUGGCAGUAGUUUUCUUGCAAAUGUUAGAGAAAAAAGUGGAAAUGGUGGUCUAGUUACUUUACAGAAACAACUUCUUUCUGAUAUCUUGUUUGAAAAAAAUAUUGAUAUUUGGGAUGUUCAGUGGGGAAUCAAUUUGAUAAGGAAUAGAUUAUGUCAUAAAAGGGUUCUUGUCAUUCUUGAUGAUGUGGAUCAACCUGAACAAUUAAAAGCUUUAGCAGGCAAGCGAAGUUGGUUUGGUCUAGGGAGUAUGAUCAUUAUAAUAAGUAGGGAUCAACAUUUGUUAAUUAGACAUGAAGUGGCUAAACAAAAAAUAUACAAGGCUAAGAUAUUGAAUAAUGAUGAAGCUCUUAAGCUUUUUAGUCUGAAAGCCUUCAAGCAGGACAAUCCUUUAGAAGGUUACGAGGUGCUAUCUAAAAAAUUUAUACGUUAUGCUCAAGGCCUUCCAUUAGCACUUGAAGUUUUGGGCUCCUUCAUGUUUCGCAGAAAUCUAGAUGCUUGGGAAUCUGUACUAGGUAGACUAAAUGAAAGUCCGGAAAGGAAAAUCCUAGAUGUGCUCCAAAUAAGUUUCGAUGGCCUAAAGAUAACAGAGCAAAAACUAUUUUUGGAUAUUGCUUGUUUCUUCAAAGGAAUGGCUAAAUAUCGUGUAGCAAAUAUACUACAAACUCUCCAUUACAAGCCAUACAUUGAUGUAGAUGUUCUUGUAGAAAAAUCUCUUAUAACCAUCUCAGCUGAUGGAAUGUUGUGGAUGCAUGAUUUACUACAAGAAUUGGGUAAGGACAUUGUUCGUUGUGAAUCUCCUAAUGAGCCUGGUGAACGUAGUAGGUUGUGGUUGAAGGAGGAUGCCCUUCAUCUACUAAUAAAUAGUUCAGGAACAAAAAAUGUUGAAGGCAUCUUCCUCAACUCAUCUCCAAAUAAAGAGGAUAAUGUUAAAGUCAAUUUUGAAGCCUUUUCAAAGAUGAGGAACCUAAGGUUGCUUAAAAUUGGUAAUGUGCACCUUCCUGAAGGCCUCAAUUUUCUUUCAAGUGAGUUACGUCUUAUGAAUUGGCUUGGAUAUCCUUUAAAAUUCAUGCCAAGAAAUUUCCAUCCCAACAAACUUGUUGAACUCAUAAUGCCUCAUAGCCACAUCAAACAACUAUGGGAGGGAGUUUGGAGUUUAGAGUGGCUAAGAAUCAUUGACCUUAGAGAUUCUAGAGAGUUGAUCAUGACUCUGGAUUUUGCUAGAGUCCCAAAUCUUGAGAAGCUGAUUCUCAAAGGAUGCACAAAAUUGUCUAUGAUUCACGCAUCCCUUGGAGAUCUCAAACAUCUUAUUUUGUUGGAUUUGAAUAAUUGCAAAUGUCUUAAAAGCCUUCCGUGCAAGAUCAGUUUGGAAUCUCUUGAAAUUUUUAUUCUUUCAAGUUGUUCAAAGCUGAAGAAGUUUCCAGAAAUUGUAGGAGAUAUGUCCUGUUUGUUAAAACUUUAUUUGGAUGGGACUGCUAUUGAAGAUCUACCAGCAACAAUGGAGCAAUUAACUGGGCUUAUCAAAUUGGAUCUAACAAAUUGUAAAAACCUUUCAAGUCUUCCGAGAGUUAUUUAUAGUUUGACAUCUCUAAAUACUCUCACUCUAUCUGGUUGCUCAAAACUUUACAAAAUGCAAGAGAAUUUGGGAAAUCUUAAAGGCCUAAAGGAACUAGACAUGAGUUGUACUAGUAUAAGAGAUCUACCAUUAUCAAUGGAGCAGUUAACCGGGCUUAUCAAAUUGGAUCUAACAAACUGCAAAAAUCUUUCAAGUUUUCCUGGAGUCAUUUGUAGUUUGACAUCUCUAAAAACUCUCACUCUAUAUGGUUGCUUAAAUCUUGACAAUAUGCCAAUGAAUUUGGGGAAUCUAGAAGGCUUAGAGGAACUAGAUGUGAGUGGAAUUGCUAUAAGAGAGCCACCUUCCUCCAUCUUUUGCUUAAAAAAUCUCAAAGUACUAUCUUUCCAAGGAUGUAAUGGGCUGUCAUCUGAAUCAUGGUCAUGGAAGAAGCCACUUAAUUUUCUGUUAAUGACAAAAACUCCAGAUCUCAUGGGCUUGGUAUUGCCUUCUGUAUCAGGUUUGUUUUCAUUAACUACAUUGAAUAUAAGGAACUGCAAUCUUCAAGCAAUCCCUAGUGAUAUUGGUUGUUUGUCCUCAUUACAAAAAUUAGAUCUAAGUGGAAAUGAUUUUGUUUUCAUUCCAGAAAGCAUUAAUCAACUAUCUAAUUUGAGAGAAUUUUGGGUGGAGAAUUGCAAGAGCCUUCAAUUGUUGCCGGCACCUGGAUCAAGUGCUCACAUAGAUGUUCAGGAAUCGUGCUAUCGAGAAUCAACUAAAAAAGUAAGAUUUGAUGUUGUUAUUCCUGGAAGUGAAGUUCCGAACUGGUUUAGGCAUCAAAGUGUGGGGGCUUCAGUAAAUCUGGAAGUACUUUCAUAUUUAUUUAAACAACUUAGAGGAAUUGCUCUCUGCGCUGUUUUUGGACCGCACCAGCAUCGUCCACCUAACCAUCUUAGUUAUAACCUUCACCUUACGUGUUACUUUAAAGCCAAUGGAAAUUACUUCAGUAGUUAUCCAUUUGUAAGUGUUUCGAAAGAGUUUGAUACGGUUGAAUCGGAUCAUUGUUGGUUCGUGUAUUUGCUCCCUAAUUAUUUACAAGGCUUCUUCCAAAAAGAAUUUCUUCAAAUUGCUAAUGGAUCCAGCUGCCUACUUGAGAUUGAAUUCAAAUCCGAGGAUCCAAGCAUGAUGGAGAUAAAGAAAUGCGGGGCCCAUGUGGUGUGCGAGGAAGAAAUGGAAGAUCUGAAACAAAGCAUGGGUCAGAGUGAGUGCAGCAGCAGCAUUAUUCCUUAUAAUGAGGGUGUCGAUCAUUUUGAAGAGGAUAUCAAAACUAAGCCAAGUCGUGAUGAUGAGAAUGGAGCUAGUGGAAAAGUCACUCAGCAAAUUUUUGUAGCUGAGGAGUGGGCCAAGAAGGCUCGCGAGGACCUGCACACUGAGGUUCAGUCUUGCAUCACUGCGGAGAAGGCUACUGGCGCCCUCAGGCUGGAAAAGUAUCGCCUAAAUAAGGAAGUAAAGGAUGCACUGAAGGCCCGCGACAGCGCCGAGGCCGAGCUUAAGACCACCACCCAGCAGGCUGAGGACAUGCGCAAACAGCUUCAUAUGUCCGAAAUAAACCUCGCCACCGAGAGCCAGAUGGUCUCAGACCUUAAGGCCGAGCUAUCAAAGGCAAAAGAGGCGGCCCACCUGGCCAGGGAGGCGACUGAGGCUGCGGUGGCAGCCUCCUAUGAACGCAGAAUGGCGGAUACCCAGGCCAGGCUGAUCGAGGAGGUGGCUACAAUUCCGGGUUCGCUUCCUCCUGAGGAGCCCGUCUCUGCUAAGGUCGCCACUUCGGAUUCCCUGGUACCUGAAGCCGAGGAGGUGCAGUCACUUGCAAAGGACAAGUUGCCUAAGGACACCCUCACAAUAAGGGACGUUGUUGCGCAAGCCAAGGAGGCCGUCCCCGAGCCUAAGGUAGGAGGUGAUCAAUCUGAAACAGAGGUCCCUGCAAAGGGUUCUGCCUUGGAUAAAGCCUAG